AGCUACCAGCCAGCAGAAACAGCAGAUAAAGCCCAGUUGAGCCUCAUGGUUCUCCCUGGGGAAGGUAUGGGAGACCACGCAGAGGAAAAGGCGAGAGCCCCGGGAGGAAAGGGGGACUGUUAGCAGCAUAGGAUUGAGGAGUUGGAAGAGACCUUUAAGACAGCUGGUCAUUAUGCCAACCGGGUGUCCGUGCUAAGUUCGGUAUCAAUAUGGUGACCUCCUGGGAGCAGGAGGCCAUCAGGUUGCCUAAGGAUGGGAGAACUGGCCCAGGUCAGAAAGGAACCAGGUCAGGACUCCCGCACCAAUCGGUACUGGGACUGUGCCUGGGCAAUAUAGCAAGAUCUUGGUUCUUAAAAGUAAAAAUAAAGAACAGCUCAUUCCUCUCUGGGAAUGGGCUGAUUCAGGGUUACACAGUGAGGGUGGGGGCAAAGGUGGGCCCCCAGUACUUCCCUUGUUGGGUUUUCUGAGGACCCCUCUGGCCACCCCUUAGAGGAGAUGGAGGAGGACAUCUGGACAGUGAGGAGGAGGAGGCACCUCGGCCCAUGCAGAACAUCCCAGAGGACCUGGAGAGCCUGGAGGCCAGGUGGCAUUUUUCAACUUCGCUGGAGCCAGUGCCCAGUAGGAGCAAAGGGUGUGCUGGCAGCGCCUGGCUCACCCAGUGGCCUCGUCCCAGAAGGAGCCAGAGGCAGUGGCCCAGCCAUAGGGACUGGGGGUGAGUCUAUGUGUGGGGAGACCCACCGGCCCUGCACGGGACCAUGGAGAAGCUGCAGGUGAGUAGAUCCUGGUAUUGGCCAAGACGGGUGGGGGCGGGGCAAGGCAGGUGGCUUCUGAGAUGUGACCCCAUUAUUUUGGCUCCAGAGCGGCUUUAUGGACCUCCUGAAGGAGAAUGUGGACCUGAAGGAGUGGGUGGAGAAACUAGAGCUUGGAUUCAUACACCUCUAAGGAAAGACAGAUACCAUGAGAAAGUACAUCACCCCAGAUGGGAGCCAGGGGGCAGUGCCAAAGAUGCGGCACUGGGAGAGGAGGACAUCAUCAGGCUGGCCCAGGACCAGGAGGAGAUGAAGGUGAACCUGCUGGAGCUGCAGGGACAGGUGUUGCGGCUUGUGGGCGACCACAACAAGGGGCACGACAAAUUCCUGACCACUGCCCAGGGUCCUGGUGAUCAGCCCGCUCUAGGAGCCCCAAUCCCCCAGGAGCUUGGGUGUGCUGACAAGCAGGGUGAUCUUCGUGAGGUGAGCCUCACUGACAGCGUGGAGCCUGCACCAGGAGAGGCCAGAGAGGGUUCUCCCCACGACAACCCCACUGCACAGCAGAUCGUGCAGCUGCUUCCUCUAACGCAGGACUCCCCAGGAGCACCGAGGCUUGGGCAGCAACCCCUGCAUGACCGAGGCUUCUGGGCAGCAACCCCCUGCAUGCCAUUCUUUUCACCGUGCCGAGAUCAGGGAGAUAAACAUCACCAUCAUCUAAGAGCUGGUCAAGAAAUUUAA